UUAUUUUGUAGUUUAGAACAAAUAUAGGUUUUUAGAUUUUCUGUUGCGUUCUUGUAAAUUGUGUGUACUUCUUUGAAAACUACUGUGGCAAAUUGGAAAAAAGUUGAAAUGGUUGCGAACAAAAUACUUAUUUGCGCUGGUCUUGGACUCUUUAUGCUUUGGAAUAGUGUGGUUGCUAAUGGCGUAAAAUGUCCUGUUUAUCAAAACCUAAUUGAGGGCGUGGGAUGUGGCGUAUGUUCCAAAAACCAGUUUUAUAAUAGCAUCAAUAAAACUUGUUACAAUUGCUCAAAAGGUUAUUGCAAUCCACCAAAUAUGACGUUUCGGACAUGUUCACCAUGUGGUAAAACAGAUUAUAAUGAAGAUAAUAACGGUACACUAACUACGACUAUGCUUCCAACCACCACAAUCCCUCCAUCAAAGACUAGUGUGCAGUCAAAUUUUACAGUUGAUUCAAAUGUUUCUGAUUCUACAAAUCAAAAUCAUGUUGGUUUAAUAAUAGGUGUCAUUGUUGGUUUUGCAUUUGUUAUUGUAGUUGUUAUUGUUAUUGUCAUUUGUUUAAACAAAAAAAAAUUGUCAAUAUGUAUCAGGGAUUGGGUUUGUAGAAAUGAUAAAGUCACCCUUGAUAGUGAUGGAGAAGUUACAGAAAAUGAUCCAAUAACUUCUCCCAAUGAUAGUUUGGAAAGUGUUGUUUAAUUAAUUGUUGCUUCUUUAGUAAUCAUCGUUUAUGUUUGUAUCUUAAUUUUUUUUAAUCUUGAAAGAAUGCCUUUUUUUAAGUUAUUUAUGGCAUGUGUCUAUUUUGCUACUACCGUGUCUAUUUUACUACUACCAAAAUAGAAUAAACAAAAUUCUUCUAUGUAUAUAUACAGUAGUGUGGGGGAAGAUGGGAUACCUUUAACACACAAUAUCCAAAUAUCCCAAUCGUGUUUUAAACAAUUGACAACGGUCUAUGGAAGUCGUGAGGAUAUAGUUUGAUAAUUUUUUGAAUGUUCUUCGUUUACUACUAAAUUGGACGAGAAAAUAGAAUCAAAAUAUGUCCCAUCUUCCCCCACCCUACUAUAUAUUAACUUCAAUUGCGUUAUAGCGUACCUAGUUACCGAUAGUUUUCAAAUUUUUGUGAUGCAUUAAAGCGUGACGGGGUACGAAGCAAA